GUCGCCUAACAACUCUUCCCUUUUCCCUGUCAACCAUCCCCCUCCGAUCGUCCCUGUCAAGCAAUAUCUGCCCGCAUUAGAUCACCUUGCUCGGAUCGGUCGUAUCAAUUGGCUGUCGGUUUAUUCGUUUCGACCCUUUACUGUCGUGAACCUUCGUCGCGCCCCGUGAGGUGGGGGCGAACUCCCCAGGCCACUGUCCUCCCAUAUGCCCGCCGGCAAAGGAUUCAUCUCCGGUUGCUGCAUCAGACGAUGAACAUGCGUCCAGAACACUCUAGUGGCCCGUUGUAUAGACGAUCAUGAGCAACGACACGCGCCAAGCCUCUGGAGGCAAAGGUAAACGGCGAUUGAUCGAUGCCGACGAAGAUGGCAGGCCGAACUCAACCGCCGAGGAUUAUGCCUCCAACCCCAAACGACAGCGUGUCUCCCGAGCCUGCGACAGUUGCCGAUCGAAAAAGGACAAAUGCGACGGCGUACAACCGGUGUGCUCAACCUGCGCAUCGUUAUGCAGGCCCUGCACGUACAAAGCCAAUCCCAAGAAACGAGGACUACCGACCGGAUACAUUCGCACCCUCGAACUACUAUGGGGUCUCGUCUUUUGCAAGAUACAGGGCAGUGAAGAGGUGGUUCGCGCCCUCUUGAGGGCGGCAAACAUCCCCAGCCACUUGGCGACGAUGGGCAAGGAAGCGGAAGGAUCCGAUACGCUGCUGUCGUCAUGGAAGAACAGUAUUGUGUUGAAGGAAAUUGAGAAAUUGCUGGUUUCUCUGGAACAACCCGAGGAUGAGCAAGACAAAGGAACCCGACCGGGGGAGAAUGAUUCCCCUGCGGAUGCCGAGGGAAGCAGCGUGGAUGUUCUCGAGUGGCAGAUCCCAGAAGGACUUGUAAUAGACCGAGAGAAUUCUGGCUUAUCGCCUAUUAAAACACCGUCAGCCGCUUCAGCGGCCAUGAGAACCCAAACAGCUCGCAUGACCCGAGAUUCCACAACCCAAACGUCCUCGCCUGGCGUUGAGGAAAUCCCCAAUAUUUCCUUGAGUCGGCCAUUACCACCACAUUUACUUGACUACCGUUCCGGUAGAGAAUCUCUACCAAACCCUACUCCUCAACUCCCAUCUAAUGCGUGGCCGCUCCUUGAUAUUUACUUUUCCUACACGCAAUGCUGGUUUCCCAUACUUGAGAAACACGACAUACUUCGAACGGCCUUCCGUCAUUCCGAGAACGAAGCUGCCGGGUCAGGAGACCACGCAGCUUUGUGGGCAGUUCUCACUCUCGCGUCAAUCCAGGAAGCUUCUAUUUCCACCACGCGUCAACUGCCGCAGCCGACCAGCGAACGUCCCGAUCCCAACUUAUUCUAUGUUACCGCGAAGAGCUUUAUUCCCGGGGAAAACGGGGUGCAUGAGAUUGGACACGCCCAGGCGUUGCUCAUACUGUCUCUUGUCAAGCUUGGUCAACAGGACUGGACCGCGGCCUGGAUUCUAGUGGGCCAGGCUGUACGUAUUUCUCAAUGUUUAGGAUUAGAUCGCUCGCCCGGAGCUCGUUCCAAACACGUGUUUCUGGGUUGUUUCGUUUUGGAAACCCUAGUUGCCACGCAGACUGGUCAAGUGCCAUCGCUGCGCAAGAGCGAUUUGACCAAAGUUGGCCCUAUCAACGAAGAUGGGCUGGAGGAAUGGCAUCCGUGGGAGGAUCAGACUGGUCUACGCCCGGUGGAGACAUCUCGGGGCUCCUUCCAUCGAGGGCCUCUUCACGCGUUGAGCACAUUCAACCGGCUUGUCUCCUUAAUGUGCAUUCUCAACGACACGUGUUGCUUGACCACAACCGAUCCGGUUCCACAUCUCGAAGCCUCGGAGCGCCAGCUGCAGCUCUGGGUCUCGGCUUUGCCAAAAAGCUACCGAGUCGUUCUACAAGCCGAGCGGCCGGCUUCGCCACAUAUCUUUGGGCUUGAGAUGAUGUAUGAAGGUGUUGUCUCGCAUCUGAGUCUUCACCUCGCCCUCCAUGGAGCUGGCAACGUCCAAACCUCAUAUAUAAAACGUGCCACUCAGAGCUCUCAGCGGUUACUUAUGCUGUUGCAGGCGUACAUGGAGAGUUACAGCCUUUCGGCAACAUGCCCCACCUUUGGGAUGCUGUUGACUUCUGGCAUUCUUCAGAGCGACAAAGGCCAGGUACCUUCCACUUUCGAUCUUGAGCCUGGUCUCAAACACAAGCUACACUCCUUUGCGUCUCACCUCGCAACUGUAUGGGCCAUGGGUAGGCUAGAGAUUGAUUCUCGACCCACAGCGCGAUCCCCCUCUACCAACGUGCCAAUAAUGGCUGCAUCACACCCUCAAGGCGCUUUGCCCGUCAUAGACCCAACGACACAAACCACUUCCCCUCAGCCUCCUUUGUCGACCACUGCAAGCACCGCUCGCCGGGCGAGUCUAAUAGACGACACGCGUGUUCCUAUACCAGGAUCAGAGCCCUUCCUCGCCAAUCAAUGGAUGAGAACGCCAUCAAAUGUGGAGGACAGCGCCGCUCUAUCUUUGCCUACGCCAGCCCCUUCACUGAGCAUAAACCGAUCGGCAGAAACGUCUCACCCCGCGCCUCCUUUCAAAGACACCGAUCCUCAUAGACAUCGCGCCUCUACCUCAUCAUCCACAAGACCAACACUCAAUGGCACAAGUAUGAUGUCCGAAUUGACCUCCCCUUUCCCUCCCGCCGCGCCUCAGUAUCCUCCAACCUAUGGCGAACCCAAUCUCAACAUGGGCUCUUUUGUUGAUGUUGACGGAUACGGGCCUCUCCGGCGACCGCGAAUUGCUCCUGAUCUCGACGCCUUGUUCGACGAGCUAGCGUCGCUGGAUGGUACUGAGAAGACCGACAAUCUCCCAGAGUUCAUGCAAAACCUUGGGUUCGUCCCCGAUGCCGGAGUCCCAGAGCUCUAUUCGUAUUCCAAUCAGGUGGAGCCAUUUCUUCUCGCCCAGAACCAGCCACAAAUGCCAGGGUCUGAGACCACGGGGCACUUGCGGCGGGAAUCGCAGUCCAUAAAUGAGGUCCAAUCGAAUCCAAAGAGAUGACCUCGAACAAACAGGCGCGUUUAAUUCAACCUAAGGACCAUACUUGUCUUUAUUCCCUCAUAGGGGCGACAGAGGAAUCAAACUCCUCACAAUCAACCAGGCUUCCAUAAAUAACCAGCCUGACACGACUUUCUUCUGUUGUACAUAUUGUCACGUAUAUAAUUUCAGAUAUGUCAGACUACAUGACCAGG